UCUCCGGAGAUCAUUUGAUCUCAAAGAAAAGGAACAAAAAAACAAAAACAAAUUGUUGCAUUUCAAUUUGGUUUCAGAAGUGUGGCAAUGGCCAUUACAAGAAGGUCUUGCCACAAUAUUAUCAAUCUUAUCUGGUGCCUAUCACUGGCUUAUUGUGUGACCGGAGUCCCGCUGCCUCCGGCUCCCGACACUUUCCGAGGAACCAAUUUGGCUCACCACGAGAGAGCUGAUCCUACUGAGAAGAUCUUUAACGUUUUAAGCUUUGGAGCUAAGCCCGGUGGAAGGAAAGAUAACACAGAGGCUUUCAUGCAGACAUGGGUUGCAGCAUGUCACUACAAAGGAAAAGCAAGGGUUUUCAUCCCUCCGGGGAUCUACAAGCUCGGACCGGUCACGUUUGCCGGGCCAUGCGGCGGUCGAGGACCCAUAAUCGUUCAUAUUCAAGGCACUUUAAAAGCUGAUACAGAUAUCUCUUUGUAUGAUGAGCCUCAAUGGUUCUUAUUCGAGGCGAUAAAUGGCCUGGUGGUCAUCGGAUCGGGCACUUUCGACGGCCAAGGCGAGUCUGCCUGGAAAUACAAUGACUGCCAUAAUAACAAUGAUUGUGUUCAACUCCCCUCUAACAUAAAGCUCAACAAGGUUACAAAUGGUGUAUUGAGAGGCUUUACUUCUGCUAAUAGCAAAGGGGUCCACAUCUUCAUCACUCAGUGUCAAAACAUUAGGCUAAGGAGGCUCCAUGUGUUUGCUCCUGCAACUAGCCCAAACACUGAUGGCGUCCAUAUUAGCAACUCCAACAAUGUGAGAAUAAGCAGAACUGUUAUUAGAACUGGCGAUGAUUGCAUUGGGAUGAUCAAAGGAUCCACCAACAUUGCCAUCAACAAAGUUAUUUGUGGCCCUGGACAUGGCAUUAGCGUUGGCAGCCUGGGAAAAUAUGAAAAUGAGGAAGAUGUGAGAGGUAUCAUCGUGAAGAACACCACAUUUUUGAAGACGGACAAUGGAAUUAGAAUCAAGACAUGGCCAGGAUCAACUCCAAGCCAAGCUAGUGGCAUGAUUUUCCAAGACCUCUUCAUGGACAACGUUCGAAACCCGAUCAUCAUCGACCAAGGCUACUGCCCUAGCGGUUGCAAAAAGCAGCCUUCGCGUGUGAAGAUUAGCAAUGUUCACUACAUAAACGUCAGAGGAACAUCAAGCUCAGAUGUCGCUGUGGAUUUCAUGUGCAGCCCACAAUAUCCAUGCGACAACAUUCACCUUUACAACAUUGACUUGAAGUACACUGGCAAGGGACCCGCCACUGCCACGUGUUCUAACGCGAGAGUCGGUUACGGUGGUUUGAUAAACCCGCAUGUAACUUGCCAUUAGACGAAAAAAAUUAACAUUUAACUUCCUUAAAUAUUUCUCU